AUGAGCCAGUCUAUCGGACGAGAGCCUACACUCGAUGAACUGGAUAGACUCCGUCAGUACACCGUGCGCGUGCGCAAGGUAGUAUUGGCGGAGGAUCAUUGGGGCACACACAGCCAGAUAAUAAAGUAUAUCGUUGGGCUAUUAGGUGAAUCCCUCUUCCCCAACCUUGUGAGCCUGGUCUGGGAAAACUUCGAAGUCGCAUGCAAGAGUAUGGUUGAGAUUUUGCCAUGCGUAGCCACCGCGACACUGCGCCAUCUCCAGCUCUGUCAUCUCUUCUGGAGCCCGCAACAAGAUGAAUUUGAGCGAGUAUUGCUGGCUGCUUCGUCCAUUCUCGCCUCAAAAUCACCUGAUAUUAGGCACGUCGAGCUUCAAGGAACUUCGUGGAACGUGUCAUAUGCAGCGCCAUUGAUUAGCUCGCUCAAGGCCCUUGACGUUCUCUCCCUCUAUCCUCCCGUUCAUCCUCAACAAGCCAUCGCCCUGCUGGAGGCUGGCCAUGACAUGACCAGUCUCAGCCUCAAUUUGCUUUCAUACCACCCCACCGAAGCCUGGCCUUCCAGUCGAAUAUGCUUCCGUAAUUUGCACAGAUUGUGCAUCACGGGGGACCCUCUUGUAGUCAGCCGCAUCCUUAGAACAUCCGAGUGGCCCGCCGUCAGGAUUCUCAAAGCAAUUAUCACUCAAGCCAGCGGAUCGUCACCUCCGCAGCCUGAUGUGCUCCAAUGCAUCGAGAGCAUUGCCCGAGCAUUCUCAAACUCGCUGUGGCAAGUCUCCUUAGCGUAUUUUGCAAGCCAUGUGACACUCAAACAGAUCCUCUGGCCGCUCCGUGAUCUGCAUCUUCUCCACGUUGUCGACAUAAACUUACCUAGAAUCCCGCCCUGUUCCUCCACUGACUUUCGCAAAGCUGGACUUGCCUGGCCAAAGCUGGAAGAAUUCCACCUCACCGGUAAUUGGGCGCCCGACUUUGACCAAGGCCUACAGGUCGUGCUCGAGCUAGCUUCCGCAUGCCCGCAGCUCCUUAUCAUCAGUUUACCUGCGAUGAGGCUCGUGCCUACUUCCGAGCUUAACACGUACAAUUUGUGGUUACAUGGCUUAGAGCAUGUCUACUUCCAUGGUCCGUCGAAGGACAAGCCAUAUAACGAUGACUUUGGCCCAGAUGAGAUGCGGCAGCUGGCAGUCCUCUUUGAGUCUAUGUUUCCGAAAUUGCAGCUGGAUGAAUUAUGCACGUCUAAGGGAGCAUCAUUGCAGCAGGAUUGGAGAAGGCUUUUAGAGGAUAUGAGCUCGGUUCGGCGUCAAGAAUGCAACUCCUAG